CAAAGCCAUUAUCAACAUUUUAAUCAACAUUUUUCAAGAAUUUUUUUGGUUUGAUGAAAAAAAAAUAUUAUCAGUCAUCAAUAAGCUUUUAAUUAUGUACCAUAGUGGAAUAAAUACAGUGAAAAAAUCGAGAAACAAAAAUUUAAAAGACUCUUUAGAAGUUUUAUUGCGCAUAAUAAUUGGUAAAUUAAGUAAUGAUUCACUACUUUCAAUUAUUUCUAAAAUAUGUUCAUGGAUUCUUGAAACAAAUGUAUCUGAGAAAUACAUAUGGGAACUAGGAAAGAUCGUAGAACAUGCAGCGUAUCAUUAUGAAACGAACUUAUUGGAAGAAACUUUUACAAAAGACGUGCUACACAUUUUUAUGCAGAUGAUUUAUUCAUCUGAUCCAUUAAUUAAUCUUUUAGGAAAUCGAAUAUUUCAACACUUGAUUGAUAGAAAUAAAAAUAAAACAUACUUUGAAUCACCAGAAAUAUUUUUUCAAGAUGUGAAAUAUAAUGUUAAAUGUAACAAAAAUCAUUAUCAAAGAGACGUGGAGUUUCUAAGACAACAUAGAGAACUUAUUCAUGAUACUUUAGUUGAAAGUGUUAUGAAACAUUCAUCAAAAAAACUCAAUCUUGAGUCUACAUAUUGCACAAUUUGUUUGCUGGUAGUAGAAAUACCAUUUGGUUUUACUGCUGCAGCUGUAGUUUGUUUGGUAAUGAAUAUUCAAAAAUUAGCUCUCGAGAAUUUAGCCAUAAACCGCGAAGUUUCUUAUCAUAUUCAUGCGACUGUUAUGGCAGUUUUGAGUUUAAUAUGUUGGAUUCAUGAUGCUAAAAUUUUUUAUGCUUAUGUCAACAAAAUAAUGAUGAAAAGAGCACAAUGGGCACCUCAAUUAAAUCCUCCACUGAAAACUCAUUAUAUUUUUGCUGUUCAUUAUAUACGUUGGAAUAAACCUGAAUUAUUCUUUAUUAACUGGGAAGUACGUUUUGGCUUAUGGAAAUGCUUUCGCUCAAUUGACAAAAAUACAAAUAAUAAUAAUAUCAAUGUUAGAGUGAAUAAAUUUUCACCAUAA